AUGGCUGAGAGGUUAAAGAACAUUGGAAGUCACUUGCUUGGUGGCAGUCAGGGUCCUAGUGUCAAGGAGCAACAUCCGGACGAUGUUGUUAUUGUUGCUGCUAACAGGUCUGCUAUUGCGAAGGGGUUUAAAGGUAGUUUCAAGGACGUCAACACUGACUAUCUGCUCACUGUGUUUUUGAAAGAGUUCAUCGACACGUUCCCUCCACAGUUGAGGGACAACUUGGACUUGAUUGGGGAAGUUACAUGUGGUAAUGUGUUGAAUCCUGGUGCUGGUGCGACUGAACAUAGAGGUGCUAUGUUGGCAGCAGGUCUGCCUUACACCACGCCCUUCAUGGCUUUGAACAGACAGUGCUCCUCGGGUCUUACUGCUGUGAACGAUAUUGCAAACAAGAUCAAGGCUGGCCAGAUUGAUGUCGGUCUCGCCGCUGGUGUCGAGUCGAUGACCCAGAACUACGCUUCUUCUAACCCACUGGGCCGUAUCUCUGACGAGUUGAAGUCCGACAAGAACGCACGUAAGUGUCUAAUCCCUAUGGGUAUCACUAACGAAAAUAUAGCCAAGGGGUUUGAGAUCACUAGGGAAAUGCAGGACGAGUUCGCUGCAGCUUCUUACCAAAAGGCCUCCAACGCCGUUCAGUCCGGUGUCUUCAAGGAUGAAAUCUUGCCCAUCACUCUACCAGACGGCAAAGUUGUAGACGUCGAUGAGGGUCCUAGAGCAAAUGUCACUGCCAAAUCAUUAGGCGGACUAAAGCCAGCUUUCAUCAAAGAAACCGGUACCACUACUGCUGGUAAUGCCUCUCAAGUGUCAGAUGGUGUUGCUGGUGUUCUAUUGGCGCGUAGAUCGGUGGCUAACAAACUAAAACUACCAAUUCUAGGUCGCUAUGUUGCAUUCCAAUCUGUAGGUGUGCCACCUGAGAUCAUGGGUGUCGGCCCGGCCUACGCCAUCCCAAGAGUACUACAAGAUGUUGGAAUUACUGUUGAUGAUGUUGAUGUUUUCGAAAUUAACGAAGCAUUUGCAGCCCAGGCACUAUACUGUAUAAACAAGUUGGGAAUCAACUUGAAGAAAGUUAAUCCUCGUGGUGGUGCAAUUGCAUUGGGUCAUCCACUAGGUUGCACAGGUGCCAGACAAAUUGCCACAAUACUACGUGAACUAGAAAAGGGACAAGUCGGUGUUGUAAGCAUGUGUAUUGGUACAGGUAUGGGUGCCGCAGCGGUCUUUGUCAAGGAAUGA